AUUCAGUACAUAACCUCAAUUUAGUAUAUUGAAAACUUAGAAAAUUCCGAGGAAAACUAAAGUCUAAGACUCAAAAGAAGUUGACUGAUUUCCAAGGUGUAGGUCUCUCUUAAAUAUUGCAUAAACAUACAAGAAUUUACGACUGAAAUCAUGGAGGCAGUUAAUGUGGAGUGCGAGAACGCCCAAGAGGAGAAGAACGUAAUGCCCACCGAGAUCCCCAUGGAGGUAUCAGAAUUACCCAACGAUGACAUUAGAAAAUUUCACGUUCUCGAUGAAAUUGAAAAUAACAGCGAGUCACAAACGUCAGAUAGUGACUCAGAUUUACCUGAUGAUGAAGUAAACAAAAUGCUCGAUGAGGCGUUCAAUGAAAGUAAAAAACGAAAGAUUACAGAGGAAAAAGAGGGUAAUGGGGAUAAACCGUUUGAAGAAAAAGAUAAAGUUGUGCUUAUUCAAAAGGGUCAGAAUCACUUUGACAUUUUACCUGAAGGAUGGAUCCAGUUGAGCCAUAACAGUGGAAUGCCUUUGUAUCUUCAUAAGGCUAGCCGAGUCUGUACCCUAUCAAAGCCGUACUUUCUAGGGUCUGGGAGUGCUAGAAAGCAUCAGGUACCGUUAAGCGCUGUGCCUUGUCUGAGUUACCGUCGAGCUCUGGAGACCGAAUUGGAACAAAGCAAAUCUGCAACGGGUGGUAUGAUGAAUGCGAGAAUUGAAACGGCUCAAGAGAACAUAGAAUCACAUAAUUUAUCGCCGGUCCAACUGCAAAAAUACUGUGAGAAACUGUUUCACUUUCGAAGCAUUAAAGUUAUGAGGUUUAAGUCGUGGUCCCAUCGACGUCAGUUUACAAAGAAGGCUAAACAAGAAAAACAACUUCAGCGGCCAACUCUGCCAGAUGGGACAAAAUUGAUUACAUUCCCCAUUCAAAGCGCAGACGGCGAUUCCUCACAAACCUCCAAAAGAGAAUGGAUUAUGAAUCCGAACGGCAAAUCGUACGUUUGCAUUUUACACGAGUACGUCCAGCACGCUCUAAAAAAACAACCCGCGUAUAAAUUUAUCGAGCUAGAGAAUGCGGCAACACCGUACGCCGCCACAAUUUCGAUUAACGACAUGCAGUACGGCAUCGGUUAUGGAACGAGUAAAAAGCAGGCGAAAACUGAGGCCGCUCAAUCCGCUUUGGAAAUACUAAUACCCGAAAUGCGAACAAAGAUCCAUACCGAUUCGAAAUCGUCUGCGAAUACGAGCAAAGCGCAGAAUCAGGAUUUAUCGCUUUUUGACGAAAUUAAGAUAGAAGAUCCACGUGUGACGGAGUUCUGCACGAAAACCACCGAACCUCUUCCGCACGACAUCCUCCUCACCUGCCUACAGCGUAACUUCGGCCACGGCGACAUUCAAGUGAGCUACGAGGGAAACACGUUAAAAAACCAAAUGAACGAAUACAAAAUGACAGUCGGCAAACACUCGGCGACCGUUAUAUGCAAAAAUAAAAAAGACGGUAAGCAGCGCGCUUCCCAGGCGAUUCUGCAGGCGUUGCAUCCGUACAUAACGUCGUGGGGAUCGUUACUGCGUUUGUACGGCAAUUGCUCCGUGAAAAGUUUCAAGGAGAAGAAAUUGGAGGAACAAGAGAUCACGUUAUUGCAAAGCAAGGCGGCCGUUAAUUCGCCUAAUUUCGCCAUUUUGAAUAAGCUGAAACACGAGUUGCGUAAGUUGAAGGAGUCUAGGAAUGCGAAUCAACCGAUCGGCGUAUUCAUACCGCCUAAUUGCGACAUACUACCCACGUUUUCUUCGUCGAAUUUAAAAAAUGUUGAUCUCUAGUAAUUAUUUCACUCAUUUUAGACUUCGAGUUUAAUGUUUGAAUUUAAGUGACCAAUGUUGCAAAGACUGGAUGUAUGCAUAUGUUUUAUACAGGGCAUUUCAAAAUCAUUGCAUAAUAACACGAAGCACUUUUUAAAAUCAUUUUGAAACACCUUGUAAAAUAUUAUUUGAUGUUGGUGUAAUGCAUACAAUGAUAAUAAUAAUAAUGACUAAGUAUUUAAACAUUAUCCCACAUAGAUUAAUUGAAUGGAAAUCAAAUAAACAAAUAAUUAAUUAA